AUGCCCUCAUCGAAACAGUCUGAUCACUGUAUCUGUUCUUCUUCCUACGUAUUCCUAGUGGGAUUUUCUCGAAUGUUCAGGUCUACCUUGAGACGAAGAGGACUAUCCAUUACUUUUGGACGUCGAAGAGGACUACCCAUUACUUUUGGACGUCGAACAUACAAGGUUUUAGCUAUUGAAUCGUCUUGCGACGAUUCCUGUAUUGCAUUGCUAGAAAAAUCUCCAUCUUCAAGAAUUCCAGAAAUAGUAGACCAUGUUAAGACUACCUUAAAUUCUUCCCAGACAGGCGGGAUAAUACCCACAGAUGCUCAUUCGCAUCACCAGGCAUCUCUAUCGACUACACUUCAAGAUUUCUUAGCCAGAAACCAGAAUACCAAGCCAGACUUGAUCUGCUGCACCAGAGGUCCAGGAAUGGUAGGCUCGCUAAGUGCAGGAUUGCAACUUGCUAAAGGACUAGCCAUUGCAUGGUCAGUGCCAUUGAUUGGUGUACACCAUAUGCUUGGACAUAUAUUAGUGUCCAUUUUGUCAAAACCCAAUCCACCAAAGUAUCCUUUUUUGAGUCUACUCUGUAGCGGAGGACAUUCUAUAUUGGUGUUACUGAAAUCAAUAAACGACCAUCGAAUAAUAAUCAACACUAUGGAUAUUGCAGCCGGAGAUUCCUUGGAUAAAUGUGCCAGAGAGUUAGGUUUCAAGGGCAAUAUGUUAGGGAAGGAACUAGAAGUUUACAUAAAUACAAUUCCAAAUACUGAUAAGAAAAUAUUCCAAGCUACAAACACCAGCGAUCGAAGUCUAAAUGAUUUUGGAUUGAAAAUGACCUUGCCCCUAAAAAAGGCAAAACAUCGUCAACAUCGUGAUCAAAAGGAUAAGGAAAAUCCAAUUUUCAUAUCUAGUAAUAAUGAGCCUAUCAAAUUUGCAUUCUCCGGGUUUUUAAGCUCAGUUCGAGGUUAUCGGGAGCAUAAUGCUGACGAGCUCGACGAAUACACUAAGCAGUUUCUAGCUUACAAGAUUCAGGAAAUGCUAUUCGAUCACAUACUAGACAGGAUCAACUUUGCUUUGGAUAGGCAUUCCGCUGCAGGAGAUGAUUUGUUCAAAGGCGUGAACGAUUUCAUAUUCUCUGGUGGUGUGGCUGCAAAUAAAAGAUUAAGAACUAAGCUAUCAGAGGAUUUAAAGUAUAAAGGAAACUUUCACUUCCCAAGCUUGGAGCUAUGUACAGAUAAUGCAAUCAUGAUAGGAAUAGCUGGCAUUGAGAUGUUUGAAGAAUUAAGACUCAGAUCGGAUUUGAGUAUACUUCCCAUCAGGAAAUGGCCGUUAGAUGAGCUAAGACAGAUGGACGGCUCUGAUGGAUGGAUUAAUGUGAAAGAAGAAGAGUAUGAGAGGGUAUCGAAAAGUAAUCAUUAA